AUGCCAAUCAAGUCAAUCCAUGCUCGCCAGAUCUACGACAGCCGCGGCAACCCUACUGUCGAAGUUGACCUGACAACUGACAAAGGUCUGUUCCGUGCUGCCGUCCCCAGCGGAGCAUCCACUGGAAUAUAUGAAGCUGUUGAGCUGAGGGAUAACGCCAAGGAGUAUAUGGGGAAAGGUGUUCUGAAUGCCGUCAAAAAUGUGAACACAGAAAUUGCUGAAGCUCUAAUCAAAGCUCAACCCGACCUGACCAACCAGCGUGCCGUUGAUGAGCUUAUGAUCAAGCUGGAUGGCACCGAGAAUAAAGGCAGACUGGGAGCUAAUGCAAUCCUUGGAGUGUCCAUGGCCGUCUGCAGGGCCGCUGCUGCAGAAAAGGGAGUGCCGCUGUACCGCCACAUUGCUGACAUUGCUGGUACCAAGCAGCUGUUUCUGCCGUGCCCUGCUUUCAACGUCAUCAAUGGGGGUAGCCAUGCUGGCAACAAGCUGGCCAUGCAGGAGUUUAUGCUUCUACCAACAGGCGCCAGUUCCUUCUCUGAUGCCAUGAGAAUCGGCACCGAGGUCUAUCACAACCUCAAGGCUGUCAUCAAGAAGAAGUACGGCCAAGAUGCCUGCAACGUUGGUGAUGAGGGCGGCUUUGCUCCCAAUAUCCAGGAGAACCAAGAAGGCUUGGAACUGAUUAAGGAAGCCAUUGAGAAGGCUGGCUACACGGGUAAGGUGGAGAUUGGCAUGGACGUGGCAGCUUCAGAGUUCUACAAGGAGGGCAAAUAUGACCUGGACUUCAAGAACAAGGACUCUGAUCCUUCCAAAUGGCUGACCUCUGACCAGCUGGCUGAUAUGUACAAAGGGUUUGUGCAGAAGUAUCCAGUGGUCAGCAUUGAGGAUCCCUUUGACCAGGAUGACUGGGAGGCCUACGUGAAACUGACCAGCGGUCUCCCCAUUCAGCUUGUCGGGGAUGACCUGUUGGUGACCAACCCCAAGAGAGUACAGAAGGGAAUUGAUAUGAAGGCCUGCAACGCCUUGCUGCUGAAGGUCAACCAGAUUGGAACUGUCAUCGAAUCUAUUGACGCCUGCAAGAUGUCGCAGGCGGCAGGCUGGGGCGUGAUGGUCUCUCACAGAAGUGGAGAAACUGAGGACACAUUCAUCGCUGACCUUGUGGUGGGGCUAGCCACCGGCCAGAUCAAGACUGGAGCCCCAUGCAGAUCCGAGCGCCUGGCGAAAUACAAUCAGCUCUUGAGGAUCGAGGAGGAGCUGGGAGCGGCUGCCAAGUUUGCAGGGAAGAACUUCAAGAAGCCCCAGUGA